AUGGAUAGCAAAGAAUCUGGAAGACAUUGGGAGAACAACGCUGAGAACUGGAGUAUUUACACGAGGAAGGGAUGUGACAUUCAUCGGGAUUAUGUCAAUACCCCUGGCUUCUUUAGUAUUCUACCAGACGUUAAGGGUCUGGUCGGAUUGGAUGUUGGCUGUGGCGAAGGCCACAACACCCGUCUACUGGUCAAUGAUCGAGGCGCUAAAAUGUCCGCCUGCGACAUCGCCCCAACCUUUAUAAAGUAUGCCAAUGACCACGAGCAACAACAGCCGGUCGGCAUCGACUACCAGGUGGCCGAUGCACAGCAGGUCGACGAUCACUACACGGCCGGCUCCUUUGACUUUGUCACCUCGUUCAUGUGUUUAAUGGACCUGCCCGACCAGCCGCGCGUCUUUGACGCAGUGUACAAGCUGCUCAAGCCGGGUGGUUUCCUCCAGUUCUCCAUCAUCCAUCCUUGUUUCAUGUCGUCGCCCAAGUCCCACUUCAUCAAGGAUGAGAAUGGCCUAGAGGUGGAGAUGCGCGUGCUCGACUACUUCACCGUCACCAAUGGCGAGUACGUCGAGCGCUGGUCAUUUGGUAUCUCGCGCAAGAUGGACCCUAACGUGGAGCCCUUCUCCGUCCCAGUCUUCCAUCGACCACUCUCCACGUGGGUGUCCAUGAUCCUGUCUGCUGGCUUCAUCAUCGAACAGAUGCACGAGCCCAAGGCCACUGACGAAGGCAUUGUCAAGCAUCCCAGGUUGAAGUACACCCACGACAUCUGUCCCAUCUUCCUCAUCUUUCGCGUAAGGAAGCCCACAACAGACGUCCCAAAGGUAACAAAGUAA